CGCAGACAUGGCUCCCGCGGCCGCCGGCCCCGCGGAGGUGGUUCGCGCGGCACAGAAGGACGACUACUACCGCGGCGGCCUGCGGAGCGCGGCGGGCGGCGCCCUGCACAGCUUGGCGGGUGCAAAGAGGUGGCUGGAGUGCAGGAGAGAGGUCGAGCUGCUGUCGGAUGUGGCCUACUUUGGCCUCACCACAUUUGCAGGCUACCAGACCCUCGGGGAGGAGUAUGUUGGUGUCAUCCAGGUGGACCCAUCCCGGAGCAGAGUGCCCUCAAGGCUGCGCCGUGGUGUGCUGGUGGCGCUGCACACCAUCCUGCCCUACCUUCUGGACAAGGCCCUGCUGCACCUGGAGCUCGAGCUGCAGGCUGAUGCCAAUGGCGCCAGGCCCUCGCAGGGCAGCCUCACACUGGGCGGGCGUGGCCGGUCAGGAUCGAGGCACUGGGUGCGCCAGCACGUGGCUGCCCUGACAGAGCAGCAGAAGAGGACGCUCCUGCGGGCUGUUCUGGUGCUCAAGCAGGGCCUCGGCUACCUCCGGCGGCUCCACGUUGCCUGGUUCUACAUCCAUGGCGCCUUCUACCACUUGGCCAAGAGGCUCACAGGAGUCACUUACCUUCGCGUCCGCUGCCCGGCUACAGAGGACCUGAGGGCCCGAGACAGCUACAGGCUGCUGGGGCUCGUGUCCCUGCUACACCUGGCGCUGUCCGUGGGCCUGCAGCUGCACGGCUUCCGGCAGCGGCAACGCGCCCGGCGGGAGUGGAAGCUGCACCGCGGCCUGUCUCAGCACAGGAGCCACAUGGAAGAGAAAGCUGUUUCUAGAAACUCCAUGUGUACGCUGUGCCUGGAGGAACGCAGACACUCCACAGCCACGCCCUGCGGCCACCUCUUCUGCUGGGAGUGCAUCACCCAGUGGUGCGACACCAAGACGGAGUGCCCUCUCUGCAGGGAGAAGUUCCCUCCCCAGAAGCUUGUCUACCUGCGGCACUAUCGCUAACCUGACCGAGGACAGAGGACCCCAGGACUCUUUCUUGGUAUCAGGAGAGA